GCCCGUACCAAGAGAUUUGUUUGAAGAAGCUUUGAAAGAAUUGCAAGAUGAAGAUUUCCUGAUAGUUACCAACAAAGUCAUCAGGCUCUGUGCUUAAAUGAGGAAAAAAAUGCACGAACUUUGUUAAAUACAUUGUUAAAAAAAAACUGUUGAAGGACU